CACUUAUUUCCCUCCUGCUCCUGCUAUGUCUCUGUUGUAGCCAAAGUAGCUUGCUGGACCAAUCCACCGCAGUGCCUGGGACAGAUUGAGUGAAAGAGAGAGUGAGGGAUUUAGAGAAAGGGUAAGGGGGCCUAAGGGAAAACACAUAGAAGCGAGAGAGAGAGAAGAAGAGAGACCAAAAAUCCACCAAGCCUCCCUGGUGUGAGGUUUCUUGGCUACUGACGUGUGCGCACGACUCUCGUGGCAGGAUGAGUUCGUGCAGUAGCCGUGCAUUGACCAUCCUGUCCACAGUGUUCGGAGCCUGCGGGCUGCUGCUGGUGGGGGUGGCCGUGUCCACAGACUACUGGUUGAUCAUGGUGGAGGGCAUCAUCCUGCAGCAGAACCAGAGCAUGGAGGUGAAGAUGGCGCUGCAUUCAGGCCUCUGGAGAGUUUGCUUCGUGGCCGGAGCAGAGAACGGGAGAUGUGUUGCGUCUGAGUACUUCACUGAACCAGAUAUCGAGAUCACCACUGAAAACACUGCAAAUAUCCUCAAGAUGGUGCGGACGGCCACGCCCUUCCCGAUGGUGUCACUGCUCUUCGUCUUCACGGCAUUCGUCAUCAGUAACAUCGGACACAUCCGGCCUGAGCGCACCAUCCUGGCCUUUGUGUCUGGCAUCUUCUUCAUCCUCUCAGGCCUCAGUCUGGUGGUGGGCUUGGUGCUCUACAUCUCCAGUAUUAAUGAUGAGGUGAUGAACCGGCCCAGGGAGCCCGAGCAGUUCUUCAACUACCACUAUGGCUGGUCCUUCGCCUUCGCUGCCUCUUCCUUCUUACUCAAAGAGGGGGCCGGGGUGAUGUCAGUCUAUCUGUUUAUGAAGCGCUACGCAGAGGAAGAGAUGUUCCGCCCCCACCCUGCACUCUACCGCCCCCGCCUGUCCGAGGGCAGCGACUACAGCGGUCAGUUCCUCCACCCAGAAUCCUCCUGGCCUCCGCCGAAGCGAGGCCGCAGCACCUCCAAUGCUUCCAGCGACAUCUCCAUUCAGCUCAACCAGGCACCCCCAGCGCCGCCCAAAAGCAGUCUCCAAGGCCAGGGUGGCCCGCCUUCUGGGUCUUCUUCCGCAGGGAGCUACCAAAUGCCCCCACAGUCUGCUGGCUACCCCUCCACACACACCCUCACCAGGUCGCACUCCUCACAUCCCCAAGGCCAGGCUCUUCCCAUGGCCAUGCCUCCAUCGCCUGUACCUCCCCCUCACUAUCACACACACAUGCACAUGAGCGCCUCCCCCUGUUAGGAAGAUGGAGCAUUGGGGAGAGUUGGAGAGACGCAGACUCCUCAUAAUCACAUAUACUGUACUAUUAGAUGUGGAUAAGAGUAAAUGCUGAGCUUGGAGCACAGAUCAUGUAAGAUGAAGUGAAGGGAGAGGUGAUCAAACAUAAUGAAAUGUAGAUUUGGAACAAUAUGAACCAAGGACAAAGAAGUGUUGGAGAUUGAAAGUAAAGAUUUUACAGGAUUGUGGAGAUUUGACAGAAACUGUGACGGACAGACGGACAAAAAUUAAGACAGGAGAUGAGUGGAAAAGAAAAAGAUGAAUUUUGUCAUUUUGUCAUGAUGGAAAGAGGCAAAAAAAGGGGUUCCUAGAAAGCCUUUAGAGGUUAGGUUGAGUGACAGAGGAGAUAUAGGGGAGGGAGAGUGAGGCAGGGAGAGCGAGGGGCUGCGGUAAUAUACGAAGAUGCUGCAGUGCUGCAGGAAAUUUGUAUGCACUAGGAAAUGUACAAUGCAAAACACUGAUCACAAAGACUGAGGAUGCACAUAGUUUUAUACAUACGUAAUUCAUAAAAAAACAUGGAUUAUGUACUAUUAUACCGAAAGGUAAAUGUGGUAAAAAAAAAGUUAUCUGAAUUUCUUACAUCAUCAAUCCAGUUUCUUAACGCACAAUGUCAAAGUAGUAUUAUUAAUAUUAUUAAUAACAAAAGCAUUAGUUUAACAAUAGAGUACAUCUGAAAUGAGAACACUAUAUGUGAAUGUUGUUAAUCUUUGUAAAAAAUAAAAUACAGACAGAAGUGGAUGAUGUGAGAAGGAGAAAUCUACUUUGUUUUACAUAAUUGUUUAAGAUACACAUUUCUAAACUUCUUGUACAUAAAAUUGCACAUGAGGACAUCUAAUAUAUAGCUGUUGUAAAUAAUGAAUGAAGCUUUGGCACAAGUCACAUCAAGAAAAUGUCUGACUCAUUCUGCUUUGGAUGAAGACUCUGCAACAGGCGCACUACAACCAACAACACACCCUCUGGAUGCGGAUGCAGCGCACGCUGGUUUGAAGGAGGAACCAUCCGACACUGAUACAGCAGUCUGAUGCCCUCUACUGGCCAUUGUUCUGCACUGACCCUGGAUCAGAUCAGAGGCCCAGGUCACUACUUGUUCAUGCACAUUUCCUUCCUCAAUGACCUGCACUGUGUCAGUUGAUAGUGCUGCACAGAGUUGGACUGAAGCUGUUAUGGUGAAUGUCAGGAGCAAAGCGACAUGCCAUAUUGAGCUGCACUAGAUUUAUGCUUUAAAGACUGGUUAGAAGUAUUUUUUAAAAGCUUUAAUGCUGGUUAUAUAUCUGGAAAACUUACAUGAUGAAAGUAUUAAUUACAUUUGCACUUAUACUGCUCAAAGGAAAAUACCACUGUUUGUGAAACACAGAUCCAUAUUAUAUAGACAAAGUAGUGGCCGCUGCUUUAUUCCAAUAUUUUCAGUGGCAAUUUGUGACCAUGCAUCAUGCCAAAGGAUGAUGAGUAUAAUAUAAUGCAACUAAUGAUUAUUUUCAUUAUCGGUAAAUCUGUUGAUUUUGUUUUUCUAUUUAUUGUCUAUGAAAUGUCAGAAAAUAGUGAAAAAUGCUAAAUAUAAUGUCCCACAGCUCAAGGUGAUGUAUUUAAAUUGCUUUUUUUUUUUAUUUGACCAAUAGUCCAAAACUAAAAGUUUUCUACCAUUACAUGACAAAAUUCUCCAGCAAGUGUUUGACAUUUUGCUUGGAAAAUUACAAAAUCAUUAAUCUAUUAUCAAAAUAGUGCAGAAUCAUUUUUCUUGAUGGAUUAAUUGAUUAUUCAGGUAUUGGAAUUUUCAGACGAUCCCCAAUGGGUCAGCACUUAUAGGACAUUGUAGGACGUUUUAGCCUACUUUGCUUUGCACUUGAAACAAAUACGGUUAUAUUGUGUUUGUUGUUGUACUAAGUAAUGUAUUUUCAGAUGCUUUCGAACUUUGAUGCUCAGAUCAAGUUGCUCUUUAAAUACUGUGCAGUAUCUCAAAGAUGCAGAGUAGUAAUCUUAAAUAGACGAGCAGGACCUGUGUAUCAAAAACAGUCGUAUUUUAAUUUAGAAUAGUUUAUUUUAUUUGUUUUUAAGGCACAUCAUGAAUAUGUCGAUACGAUAUAUCUCUGCAAUGAGAAUUAAACCACUGUGUCAUUGUGUAAUGGCUGGUUUUCAUUAUCACUGUGAUGCUGGAGAUAGGGAAACACACUGAUGUCCCACAGAAGAUGUGUUAGAUGAAAAUCUCACAGAUUUAUGGGGGAGAAUAUGAAGUGAGAUCAAAAUAUCAUCGUAUUUUCACCUUUAUGAAGGGUUUUGUUGAGCAAGCGCGUGGCUCUUUAAAACCGCCCUGCUUUUUGUUUAUGCAGUCGGACAAAUUCAUGUUGAGGUAAAGCCCAGUGUAACUGCAGCCUUCUGCUGUUGGCUCUGCUUUUUACAGUUAGAAGGUUAAGUGCCUUGCUCAAGGGCACCUCAGCAGUAGCUGUUGAAGAAGUUCAAAGUAUUUCCCUUUCUAAACCUUCCUGUUAAAAUCUCCUCUCCAAUCUUCAGACUGCUAACCCCCAUCAUGACCUUUGUGACAGUGGACAGCUGUUCUGUUUCUCCCUUUGCAUCACUAAUUUCCAUUUUUAUUCAUAGAACCAUCUGAUAAUCAUUCGGUGCCUCUUAUUUUCUUUUUCAUCUGUGUACCUCUUUGUGUUUCCCUUUGUACUACCCCAUCUUUUUUCUUUGCCUCUACAUGAUUACAUAAAAGGGUGUAGCUGUGUUUUCUUCUGCAUAAAGCCUGGACUCCUAGCACAUGACCAUCUUUGUAAAGAAAAAGAAAUGGGUAAAACAAAUGCUUUUCAAUGCUUCAAUGGAACUGAUGCUAUAUAAUCUUGAGUUACAUAAUUCAAUAGCAGUUAUGAUAAAAAUCAUUGUUUUUGAAAGUGUUGACAUAGUCACUCACUUUCCUCUUAACAUGAAUAAAAUUUUCAACAUGGGUAAAUUUCACCCUGUUCAACCUC